GGCAACAUUGUUCAGGCGGUUAGUUGAAUCGGUCGCCAUUUUGAUGUAGAGAACUGUUGUUUACUGUUCAUGUACAAAUAUAGAAUAAUUCCUCCGGGAAUGGAAAUUAUCGCUCAAAAAUAUUUGGAAAUAGAUUUAUGUAUACCUCAUAUUACUUAAUUUAUAAAAUAAUUUAUAGGUUUUUUGUUAAUAUAGGAAUUAAGUAACUAUCAAAAUGUUUUACGCACAUUUUGUGCUCGCUAAAAAGGGCCCGUUAGCCAGAAUUUGGUUAGCGGCCCAUUGGGAUAAAAAACUUACCAAAGCCCAUGUAUUCGAAACCAACAUUGAAAAAUCUGUGGAUGGAAUUUUACAGCCAAAAGUAAAAAUGGCUCUUAGAACAUCGGGGCAUCUUUUAUUAGGAGUAGUGCGAAUUUAUUCUAGGAAAGCAAAAUAUCUUUUGGCAGACUGUAAUGAGGCCUUUGUUAAAAUCAAACUCGCCUUUAGGCCUGGAAUGGUAGACUUACCUGAAGAACAUAGGGAAGCUGCCGUUAAUGCUAUUACUUUACCUGAAGUUUUCCACGAUUUUGAUACUACCAUGCCAGAAUUGAAUGAUGUUGACAUAGAAGCACAGUUUAGUCUCAAUCAAUCAAGAGCUGAAGAAAUAACAAUGCGUGAAGAUUAUGGAAGUAUAACAUUGGUUAAUCAUGAUGAUGGUUUCGGUGAUAUGGGUUUUGACACAGAUGGUCCGGAUCUAAUGAGACAUGCAUCAGGUUUAACUCCAUCAAUAGAUCAGAGUAAUCUACUAUUUAGUGAACCAGUGUUGGAUCAAGUGGGAUUAGAAAAAGAACCAGAACCAAUUCCAUCAACAUCUGGUACUCAACCAGAUACUCCCAUGGAAAUUGACACUGGUGUUAGAGAUGAUAGUUUUGGAGCUGGUGGUUUGUUUGAAGGCGGUUUGUUUGAUGAUGCACCCAUGGGAGAAGUUCCUGCCGUAGAUGCCACUAUACCUGAACCGACUUCUCAAGAAAUACCUGAACCUCCAAGUGAUGAUGAAUUGGAUAAUUUCGGUGGACCUCCAUCUGCGGGCGCUCCAAGUUCUAAUGGAUCUCGUCCACCAACGCCGUUACAACUUCCUCCAACUGCCCCUACGCCUACUCCUUCUAUUCAUCCUGAAACCCAAGUUGAAGAACCUCCCCACGAAGAAGAACCAGUUUCUGCACCUAACAAAAAAGUUGUAACAAAUGAAGAAGAAAGUUUUGCUCUGGCUCCAGUAGACGCGAGUCAGUUAAAAGAUGAAUUCUACCUAGGUCUAACAAAGACCAGGAAGAAAAGGAAGCUUAUCGUCGAUGAAGUAAAGAAUAUUUCUGGAGAAGAAAUGAAAAACCAGCUUAGUGAUACUAGCGAUAUUGUGACAACAUUGGAUUUGGCCCCUCCAACUAAGAGACUUAUGCACUGGAAAGAAACUGGUGGUGUAGAAAAAUUAUUUGCUUUACCGGCGAGACUUAUUCCAGCCAGAAUAUUAUUCAAGAAUUAUCAAAGGCAUUUGUCUCUUCGAGCCAUUGGAACAGAAGAUUUUAGUGUAUUGGGAGAUGCCGAUUCAUUAGCAUUAGACCAAGCUAGAGACCAAGAAGAAUCCCUUCCUGUCGAACCCGUUACUCCAGCAAGAAGGGGUAGAAAACGGAAAAUUGUUGAGGAACCUAGUCAAACACCAAUGCACGUUCAAGAAGAAAUGCAACCCCAACCAUUACUUUCUGCCGAAGAAUCAAUGUCUGCUAUGCUGCCACAAACACCAUAUCCUUUAGCACCUACCCCAUUACCUCCUCAAAUGACAUACCCUACGGCACAAACUCCCAUCCCUCCAUCUCCUUAUCCUAUGGCACCAACUCCCGUUCCUCCUCACACACCUUAUCCGACUUCAAAUACUCCAAUCCCUCCCCUAACUCCAUACCCUAUGGUACACACACCUGGUCCACCGUUGACCCCUUUUUCUUCAGCGCCUACCCCUAUGCAGCCUCAAACGCCUUAUAUGUCUCAACCUAUGACACCAAUGAUGUCUGGUCAAGAUGUUGGACAAGAACUAAUACAACCACAGACAUCACAAGGUACUAUAACUUCAUUUAGCUUAGGUAUGUUACCUGCGAAUAUGUUGGCACCUUCAACGCCGGGUUUAUUGUAUUCCCAAACACCCGGAUAUCCAGAACCUCCCACACCUUUGCAACAUAUCGAAGAAAUGCCUCAGUUGGCUGCAGAUCAGGUCCAUUCAAUAUUACAAGAACAAGAAGCUUUGAAUGCUGUGCCUGAAAUAGCACCAGUAUCUACUAGUGAAGAUCUACUCAGAGAACAUAUGGCCACACCUUUAGCAUCCCAGGAUAUUAGUGGUAGUUUACCUUUGGAACCCUUAGAGAAUUUGCAAAGGGAUCUUCCUGCUAUGGAAAAUAUGGGUUAUGAUCAGAGUCAAAUGGCAAACAUGGGUUACGACGAACAUGCGGCAGCUGGAAGUAUGUCUGAAAGGGUACCAUCACCAUGGGCAGGAGAUUAUGAUUACGAUACUGGUCCUCCUGAAGAACAACAAGUUGAUGAAACGGAUGAACAGUUUGCGGAAAGAGUAUUGAAUAAACGAGCAUAUCAAAUGUUCCAAAUUGUUAAACACAAGUUUAAACAGGCGGACAGAAUGAAUUUCGAGGAAUUAAGUCACAGAAAUAAUAAAAAAAUGGCUGCGCAAAAGUUCUACAGUUUACUGGUCCUUAAAAAAGUCCACGUGUUGGAACUCGAACAGGAAGAGGCGUACGGCACAAUUACUAUUCUAAGGGGCCCGAAAUUCGACAACCCCGCAGUGUAAAAAGAAAAGAAUUCGCAUUUUUCUAAAUUAUCGAUGGUAAUUCCUCGUAAAUUAUUUAUUUAAUAUUGCAUACAUCUGCAAUGAAAGUACAAAAUAUAUAACAUUAAGUCUGCCGUUUGGCCCAAAAUUGUGACGAAUAUUUAUUGGGUAUUUCAAUUUUUGUUAAAUAUAUUUCUAUCAUUAUUGAUUCUUAUAAUUUGAAUCGUAUAAUACAUAGGUGGGGAACCUUUGCACCAUUAGAGGUCACAUUUAAAUUAAGCAGUAAUAAGAGAAGCCUUAUAAGCUGAUUUGCCUAUGAAAGUGACUUUUGUGCAAUCAUACUUUUGUAUUUAUCCAUUUAUUGCAUUAUAUGGAAUCAAUAAAAUAUAAUAUAACAAUAAUAUAAAAAAUAGCAAAAUUACAAUAUAAAAUUUUUUUUUAAUAUCUAAGUUGCUACUAAUUAUCCUCUAAAUGUACAUCUGUGAUUUGCAUUUUUGCACUUGUUUUAAUUUUUUUCAUGUGAGAAAAUGUCUUACAACAGUAAGUAUUUCCAAAGUAAAUAUGUUUCGUAGGUAUAUUCAACAGCAUUUUUCCAGAUUUCUAAGGGAUCUUUUUUAGCAUUAAAAAGGGAAGUCAAGUAACUCCAUUUUUAGUUCCGCAAGGAGCCUCGAAUAAAUCUACUUAAUAUGGUUGAAAUGCCAGUUUCAUGGCAGGAGUGUGCUCGCCAAAAUCAGAAAAUCUAUUUGUGUACUCUUUUAUUAAAGAAUCCAAGACACCUACAUAUUCAUCGAAUAUUUUAUUUUCACCGUUCUGCUAAUUUAACAUUUGAACAGUUUACUGCAGGUUGCUACAGAUCGCCAACUAUGGACAAGCGCUGAGGGACCAGGGUUUCGUUAAUGCGUAUUACCAUUUUGUACUGGGUGCUGUUUUAACUUUUGAAACAUACAUACAAUAAUUAACAUUAGAACUAUAUUUUAUGAAGGCCGCAGGUUCCCCACCUCUAUUAUAUUAUAUCACUAAUAGUACAUAUUCUUUAGUGCUGAUUAGUGGUGAUUUCUUUUUUAAAUAUAUUUGCCAUACUUAUUUUCCAAACUUUUGAAAAUAUGAUAUAGUACUUUCAAUUUAUCUACUUUAUACAUUUUUAGAAAUAUUCUUUAUAAUAUAUAAUAAAUAAAAAUUGUAUAUACACUUUAUUUUUUCAAAUAUAGGGAACAAGUGUCUACCAAAGUUCUGCAUGUUUUAUGUGAAACUAAUGCGUUACACAAAAUUUAUUAUAUAUAUAUGUACUUUUUAUUAAAAAAAUAAUUAUGUAACGUAUUAGUUAGAUUUUAUGCUCACAUAAGGUAGUUUUAAUUUUUUUUUUUUUUCAUUUUCUUUUUUACUAAAAAACAUGAGCUGUAUAUUAAAUAUUGUUAACCGAAAGUAUUCCAAAAGUGUGGUUUAUAAAUUAUACAUAGAGUGAGUCGUAAUUUUUAAAUGAUUGGUAACGCCUUUGGUAACUUGUACUUGAUAUGUCCUUUGACGUCUGCAAAGGUGUUUUAUUUGAUGUACUUCGGUAAUUGAUAAACAAUUCAUGAAAUGUGAACACAGAAUUGUCUUUUUUACAAUUUUGAUAAAUCUAUCAUCCAUUUUAUUGGCUCUUGGCCAGUAAGGUUAGUUUUCGACCCGUUGUCAGACUUCAUCGUUGGAAACUCUUUAGGUUUCUAUUGGAUAUACUUGAAGGAUUCUAUGAUUCGUCCGUAGCUUUUUGUUUUAGGAAUCGAAUCUUAUAAAAAAACAAAGAAAUCAAAAUCAGAGUUAUUUCUGAUGAUUUUUGAGAAAAAUAAAACAAUUAUAGUGAUAGUAAAUUGAAGAAUUUGUAGUCUCAUAUUGACUAAUCAAUUUUUACUGAUUUUCAAUGUGAAUGGAGUUUCAACCAAUUUGAGUUUUUUUUAUAAUAAAGUUACGUAAUGUUAUGUUGAGUCAUUGAUGUUUACAAACCGCACUUGUUGGAAAAAAGAGGUGAAAAAUAUAUGUAAAUGUUUAUUUUUGUACAUAAAUUUAAAACUGUCUAUUAGACCUUUCUUCUGUCGAUAUCUAGUAUUUUUUAAUUAAUAAAUCGUUCGCUCUUUUGACACAUUUGAUUGUCGAGAAGUAAUUCAAUUUUUCAAAUUUGUUACCUUUAAAAACUACUUAUUGUUUCAAUACCGACAAGAAACGAAUAUAAAUUACCAAUCUUGAGUUAAUUGAUUUAAUCUACAAGAUUGUUAUUUAUAUUUAAAAAAAUAUUGAAAUUAAAUUCCGUUGAUUAUUCGGAAAAAGCCACGUAAAUUGGCCGUAUAUCAAGCUGAGCGGGCCAUUUUAGAAUUCGCGUUCCAGAUCUGGCUCAUAAUUUGUUACAUGAUGAUUGAUUUUGUUGAUCCAGAGAGUACUACUUAGGGUAGCCAAGUGCAAGAUAUCGGUAAUGGAGGUAGCUGGCUACUCCCCGGUCAGUUAACUACUUUAUCCCAUGUUGUUUUACUUUUUUAUUUUUAACUGUUCUUGCUUCCCGAUUAAUUUCAUGAGUUGCAUAAUCUCCAGAUCUUGUCAUAUUUGACAUUUGUUAACGUGAGGUGUGGAUUUUCUGUAAUGUCUUAUUUUAUCAAAACUAAUUUAAAAUCAAUAUUUUUUGUUACUAAAUUCAAUAAUUUUAAAUAUGUAGAUGUAUAAUUGUGCAUGUACAAAUUGAGGAACGGUUUUUUUUUUGAUAACAACAAAAAUUUGAAUCACUUUGUAUAAUUGUGUCUGUUGUUUUAGAUCAAGACUAACAGAAAAAUAUAUGGAGUUCAAUUGACCAUAUAUAUUUUUUUGUUAAACUUUUUACCACUUGAUAAUUUUUGUACAUUUAUUCUUUUUUCUUUUUCUCUAAUUUAGAUUACAAAAAGAUUUAAUAUGGAGGUAAUAUUUAAAUAUUGUUACUACAUUAAUAAACUUUAUAGCUAUUCUGACUUGUCGAAAGUGUUUUUUUCGCAAGUCAAGUCUGUAUUUUGAAACAGAUGCUAGUUUGUCAUUUUUUUAAUUGAACUUGUUUGUAAAAAAUAAUAAAACAUCGCAGCAA